CUUUCAUCCUUGAUUCUACUUAGCUAUUGAUCCUUGAACCUCUUGAACAUCAUUGGGAUUCUUCUUACCUUUCCCGAGCUCGACGUAGCUUCCAUCCCUCCCCGUACGACUGGCGCAUGGCCGAUCAUCGCUGUUGACAGCAGCAUCACCUUGCCAGAUAUCUUGGAUAUAGCUACCGACCACUGGACUUUACAACAAGAUGCGGUGGUCCGAGGCUCUUGCUGUGAUCGUUGGGCUGGGCUCUCUUGCGCUCCAGCCCAUCGUCGUGGCUGCGCAGGGUGAGACGAAGAUUCAUGAAAAGGGCCGGUGUGCGAUUCGUGGACAUUGUGGGAAACAGUCUAUCUUUGGAGGCGAGCUCCCAUGUCCUGAUAAUAACCUGGCAAAGCAGCCGGAGAACUCCGUACGCGAGAAGCUAGUAAAUUUAUGUGGCAGCAAAUGGAGCGAGGGUCCAGUCUGUUGUAAGGAUGAGCAGGUUGACGCGCUCGCGAAAAACCUCAAACUAGCCGAAGGGAUUAUCGCGUCUUGUCCGGCCUGCCGAGAUAACUUCUUCAACAUCUUCUGUACCUUCACUUGCUCGCCCGACCAGUCACUCUUUGUCAAUGUGACAAAAACCGAAGAGAAAGGUGACAAGAGAUUGGUGACUGAGCUGGAUAAUAUCUGGUCCGAGGAGUACCAAAGCGGCUUCUAUGACAGCUGCAAAAACGUCAAAAACGGUGCAUCCGGCGGCAAAGCCAUCGAUUUUAUCGGAGGAGGUGCAAAAGAUUAUGCAGGCUUUAUGAAGUUUUUGGGGGACAAGAAAUUCCUUGGAAGUCCAUUCCAGAUCAACUACCAUACAGAGCCUACUGGCUUAGAUUCAGAAGGCAUGGAGGCUCUAUCGAUUAAACCAAAGGCUUGCAACGGCCCGGACAAAGCUUUCCGCUGUUCCUGUGUCGACUGCCCAGAUGUAUGCCCUGAGUUACCUGCCGUGUCUACUCACAAUGCGUGCCACGUGGGCCUCCUCCCGUGUCUCUCUUUUGCCGUUAUCUUGGUAUAUUCCACAUUCCUACUCUUUGUGAUGGCCCUCGCCAGCUACGUGACCUACAAGGAACGCCGCUUCCGCAAACCAGAGCGAGUGCGCCUGCUGCAAGACCCUACGCCCAGCGAUGACGAGGAUGAAGGGGAAGUCGUCCGCCAUGGGGGGUAUAUCGAACAACCACAAGGGGUGUACAAACUUAACUCUUUACUAUCCGCCUUAUUCCAUCGCAUCGGUGGUGUUUGCGCUCGAUUCCCGGCAAUCACAACAUCUUCCAGCGUGAUCGUGGUUGUGCUACUGAGCCUGGGCUGGCUGCGCUUCACAGUUGAGACAGAUCCUGUUCGCUUGUGGGUAAGUCCAUCGUCGGCAGCAGCCCAAGAGAAAGAUUUCUUCGAUCAGAACUUUGGUCCAUUCUACCGAGCUGAACAAGCAUUCUUGGUGAACGACCGCCCAGGGAACGAUUCUAGACCGCUUCUGGAUUAUGAUACCCUCAACUGGUGGUUCGAUGUGGAGUCUCGUGUGCGACGCAUGAUCUCCGUGAACCUGGCUCUCAACCUCGACGACAUCUGCUUCAAACCUACCGGUGAAGCCUGUGUUGUGCAGUCUGUCACUGGGUAUUUCGGUGGCUCAGCUGGGAAUCUUGACCCGGAUACCUGGAUGGAUCGCUUGACACACUGCACUGAAUCACCGGGAGACCCUAGCUGUCUCCCUGACUUCUCGCAGCCUCUCAAGCCAGAAAUGAUCCUUGGGGGAUAUGAAGAGACAGGAAACUUUUUAGACUCAAAGGCACUAAUUACCACCUGGGUGGUGAACAACUAUGCCCAAGGAACGGAUGGCGAAGCAAGGGCCAUUGACUGGGAGAAUACUUUCCAGGGUAUCUUGGGGGUGGUUCAAGAAGAAGCCGCAGAGCGAGGCCUUCGCGUCUCCUUCAAUUCCGAGGUCAGCUUGGAGCAAGAACUCAACAAGUCUACCAACACCGAUGCGAAAAUCGUCGUCAUCAGCUAUCUGAUCAUGUUCUUUUACGCCUCGAUCGCCUUAGGAUCGGCUACGGUUACUUGGCGGUCUUUGUUAACGAACCCGGCCAAUGCUCUUGUUCAAUCAAAGUUCACACUGGGUAUUGCGGGAAUUGUCAUUGUUUUGAUGUCGGUAUCUGCAUCAGUCGGUCUGUUCUCGGCAGCCGGCGUCAAGGUGACCUUGAUUAUCGCCGAAGUCAUUCCAUUCUUGGUCCUGGCAGUUGGCGUGGAUAACAUUUUUUUGAUUGUCCACGAGUUUGAGCGAGUCAAUCUCAGUCACCCCGAUGAAGAGAUUGAUGAACGAGUAGCCCGAGCAGUUAGUCGGAUCGGCCCCAGCAUUUUCCUGUCUGCCUUGACCGAAACUGUGGCAUUUGCCCUAGGUACUUUCGUCGGUAUGCCUGCGGUCAAGAACUUUGCGGCAUAUGCUGCGGGAGCUGUCUUUAUCAACGCCAUCCUGCAGGUCACGAUGUUCGCCUCCGUAUUGGCUCUGAACCAGAGACGCGUGCAGAGUCUCCGUGCAGACUGUCUGCCUUGCCUCACUGUUCGAAAGGCAAGCUCGUUCGGUUUCCCCAACGAUUACGAUGACCAAGAAGGGGAGAGUAGUCUGCAGACUUUCAUUCGCCGUGUCUAUGCCCCUUUCCUUCUGGAUCGCCGGGUGAAAGCUGGUGUUAUCAUUUUCUUCUUGGGCCUUUUGACCGCUGGCCUAGCCCUCAUUCCGAAGGUUGCUCUCGGGUUAGAUCAGCGGAUUGCACUUCCUAGUGACUCGUACCUGAUCUCGUACUUCAAUGAUCUAGACGAUUAUUUCGGCGUCGGGCCUCCUGUCUACUUUGUGACCCGGAACGUGAAUGUCACGCAGCGGAAUCACCAGCAACAACUCUGUGGGCGCUUCACUACCUGCGAAGAAUAUUCCCUACCUUUUAUUCUCGAGCAAGAGUCGAAGCGUGCAGACGUGUCCUAUCUUGCAGGCUCUGCCGCCAGCUGGAUUGAUGAUUUUUUCUACUGGUUAAAUCCCCAGCAAGACUGCUGUAAAGAGGAUGGCAAACUUUGCUUCGAGAAUCGGAUUCCCCCAUGGAACAUUUCUCUGUAUGGAAUGCCGGAAGGGUCCGAAUUUAUCCAUUAUGCCAAAAAAUGGAUUGAUGCUCCUACCGACGCUUCUUGUCCCCUGGGUGGAAAGGCCCCCUACGGCAACGCUUUGGUAAUUAACGACAAGCACGACACGAUUGAUGCAAGUCAUUUCCGUACCAGCCAUACACCGCUCCGGAGCCAGGACGCGUUUAUUCAGGCGUACAUCGCAGCUCGCCGGAUUGCAAAUGGUAUUUCGCAAGAGCACGAUAUCGAUGUCUUCCCUUACUCCAAGUUUUAUAUCUUCUUCGACCAAUAUGUUUCCAUUGUUCGACUCACCGGUACACUCUUGGGAUCGGCAGUUGCCAUUAUCUUUGUUUUGACCUCUGUGUUACUGGGUUCAAUUGCCACCGGUGCUGUCGUUACUACCACGGUGGUCAUGACAGUGGUCGAUAUCAUUGGCACGAUGGCUAUCGCGGGCGUGUCCUUGAACGCCGUGUCUCUUGUCAACCUGGUCAUUUGCGUAGGCAUUGGUGUUGAGUUCUGUGCUCACAUUGCUCGAGCAUUCAUGUUCCCUGCUCGACCCAUUAUGGAGAAAGUGCCCACCAAAUUCCGCGGCAAGGAUGCUCGAGCAUGGUCAGCAUUGGUCAACGUUGGUGGAAGCGUCUUCAGCGGUAUCACCAUCACCAAGCUCUUGGGUGUUUGCGUUUUAGCCUUUACUCGGAGCAAGAUUUUCGAGAUUUACUACUUCCGUGUGUGGUUGGCCCUGGUUGUUUUCGCUGCUACCCAUGCUCUCAUAUUCUUGCCGGUUGCUUUGAGCUACUUUGGCGGCGGUGGUUACUUUGACCCUGCAUCUGACGGUGGCCUAGAGGCCAAUCUCGCUUCACGCGGCUACCGCUCAUUGCUGGUCGAUGACGGCUAUGACUCCGAAGAAUAUUAAGCGAUGGCUCUUUGGUUUGACGCUGCAUUAGUGUGUGGGUCUCCUGGAACGUCCGGAUAGAUGCCCGAUGGAGUACACGGUACGCGACGCGGCACUGAGAAUUUUCUUGUCGCGCAAACUUUUGGGCCACAUAUGCAAACAUGCUGAGGAAUGAAAUGGAGUUUUGGUCAGAUAUUAGGAGAAAUUUUGAGGUUCUAGAUCUGUAUUUUGGUCAAUAUUGCAGCUGAUGGAAUCUCCAUACAUGAGAUUGGGACAAUUUCGGAUAUAGGAGCUAUA